CCCCUAUUGAAACACCAAUCGGUGCCAUCCUCCCCUUGUAGAGAAGCAGUGAUUGGGUUACAAAGGAUAUGGGUAUUACACGUCGCCGCUAAAUGACAAUUUCGUUUUCAAUAGGAUUAUUCAACGGUAAAACAUAGCUACACAUCACUCUCAGGGAACCGGACUGGAUUUGUAACACAUGGCUUCUUCACACCAACAAAACGACUUGUCUGCCGGUUUCCGCGUGCAGUUCAAAUCUUUCGCAACAGAGGCGAUCCACGUUGGGCAAGAACCGGAGCAAUGGAACUCUAUGGCAGUGGUGCCACCUAUUUCUCUGUCCACCACGUUCAAGCAGUAUAGACCUGGAAAUCAUGCUGUAAGUUGCCUGAUACAAUAACAUUGGUGUCUGGUAUCGCGGGGCGUUAGUUCAGUAUGGGGUGUCUUUAUACCGAUCGGGUAUACUGAACCGGUCCUGUUCAACGAAUUUCCAGGGGAAAUGUUGGUGUUAAUAUUCAUAUGUAUGAGAGUAUGGUUGUUAGUCUUUCCCUGCCUAGCACAUACAUUACACAUUUUGUUCCACAGUCAGAAUGUUGGCUGCUCAACCUCUGACAGUGAUGGAGAAAUGAGCUUUUUGUGAUGAAUAUUGAAAGUGAAAGUUAACGGUUUUCAUUAGAUUUUACCGAAUCAUUAAUGACCAGGUGAUUAUCAGUACCAUCAUCUGUUUAUUUAUGAAAGAUGUGGCAAAUGUGUGCUCUCUAAAUGUAAUGUAUCUUUUUAUCAGGGUUUUGAGUACAGUCGUAGUGGAAACCCGACAAGAAACUGUUUGGAGAAAGCUGUUGCUGCUCUGGAUGGAGCAAAGCACUGUAAGUGUUCAUGUCAGACACCAUUACCUCGUGAAUUUGUAUCUAAUAAAAUAUAACAAUUUAGAGAAUAUAUAGCCUACAUGUAGAAAAUAGAUAUCUACACAGACCAUUAACUAGCCUCCUGUGUACUUGAAGAUAAUGUAUUAUUUGAACUAUCAUUAACUGAAUUUCCUGUGAAGGUCUUGCUCUUGCCUCUGGGCUGGCUGCGACUAUGACCAUCACUCACAUGCUGAAAGCUGGAGAUGGCAUUGUCUGCAUGAACGAUGUGUAUGGAGGUAAGACAUGGCCCACACUGUCUGUAAAACUGUCUAGAGAACCACCAAAAGGUAGACAAAACGUUGUGGGUGAAAGAGUACACACAUAUUUAUGUUUUAUUUUAUGCAUAUGACCAUGAAACAUUAAUACAUUAUGUAUUUGUCUCUACAGGGACCAAUCGUUAUUUCCGAAAGAUUGCUGCAGAAGUUGGCUUGGAUGUGUCCUUUGCUGAUUGCACCAAAAUCGAAUUGCUCCAGGCUGCUCUUAAGCCGAACACAAAGGUGAGUGGAAUUCUAAGUCUACUUGAUUACCUUAUUUCACUAUAUUUAUUUUUGCCUAAAUCAACCGAGGUUUCAGGUUUCUUAUUUGUACAAGAAUAGAUGUCAUCCAGCAUCAGUGCUAUUAUUUCCCUUUUGUUCUUCAUGUUAAGUGCUCCACCCUGAGCUUCGCCGUGAGUCAAGGGAACAUCAGACUCCAUUUGAGAAUUCAAUAGGAGGAGCUUUGCUCUCACUGUGACUUGUCUCUCCAGUCCAUACAUGACUAUAGUUUAAGACCUACAUGUUAUAGCUGUGAGUUUUUGGUUAGGAGCCAAACUAUGAAACCCAAACACCUGUUGAACUUCUAUUUAAAAAUAUGCUCUUUUAUUUUCUAUCUUUAUGUAGUUGGUAUGGAUCGAGACCCCCACCAACCCCACUAUGAAAGUGGUGGAUAUCCAGGCCUGUGCAGAGGUGGUCCACCAACACAACAAGGUUACCGUGGUGGUUGUGGACAACACUUUCAUGUCAGCCUACUUCCAGGUAUGUAAAUGUUUGUUUUAUUUAUUUUUAUAUAAUAUAUAUGUGUAUACAUACAUACAUAAAAUCACAUUUUAUUUGUCACAUACACGUGUUUAGCAGAUGUUAUAGCGGGUGUUCCAUGUGUUAUUUCAUAGUUUUGAUGUCUUCACUAUUAUUCUACAAUGUAGAAAAUAGUAAAAAUAAAGAAAACCCCUUGAAUGAGUAGGUGUUCUAAAAGUUUUGACUGGUAGUGUAUGACUGUGUUUGAGUAACCUUGUAAACACACACUCCAUUCCUCCUGUGUGGAUGUUCCUGAGUGUGUGUGUGUUUGUAACGCUUUAAAACACACACACCAUACUCUUCCCCUUGAACACGAACAACAUCUUCAUCAGCACUCUCACACCAGCCCUCGAAGGCAGCCUCAAAGGCAGUUACCAGUUUCCAUUGAAAUACAGUAGGACUGUAAUGUGACUAGCAGAAACCUCCAUGACAGCAGACAGCCGCUGUUACUUCCAUCAUACCAUACAAGGCUAGUGAGAAGUGGAUUAGUAGUGUCUUAGGUUGUUUCUGUUUGAGGCCUGCAGGCCCACGUUAAAGCACAGCCUCCUUCCUCUUUCUGCCUACAGUCACUUAGGUUACCACCUGCGUCACACUGCUCUGCUCUUUCAUUUCCUCUCUAACAGAGGAAGAGAGUGCAGCUCCCAAAAGUUUAAGUGAAUAUAUUACAAAUGAUACAUGAGCAGCGGGCGCUCUCGCUGCUGUUUCUGCUACAAGAUAAGAGCUUGCAAUACAGUAUAGACAAGACCCAUUGAGUCACAACCUGAUUAGUAGGUCCUAAAACAUUGUCUGGCUACCCAAACUCCUUGCUCGGGCCAAACGCUACACCACGCCAUGGAGUGCUGCGUCAGAUGACCUGGCCUCCACAAUCACCCGACCUCAACCCAAUUGAGAUGGUAUGGGAUGAGUUGGACCGCAGAGUGAAGGAAAAGCAGCCAACAAGUGCUUAGCAUAUGUUGGAACUCCUUCAAGACUGUUGGAAAAGCAUUCCUCAUGAAGCUGGUUGAGAGAAUGCCAAUAGGGGGCAAAGCUGUCAUCAAGGUAAAGGGUGACUACUUUGAAGAAGCUCAGAUAUAAAAUAUUGUGUUUAACACUUUUUUGGUUACUACAUGAUUCCAUAUGUGUUAUUUCAUAGUUUUGAUGUCUUCUAUUAUUCUACAAUGUAGAAAAUAGUAAAAAUAAAGAAAAACCCUUGAAUGAGUAGGUGUGUCCAAACCUUUGACUGGUACUGUAUAUAAUUUAUAUACACACUGCCCUGUUUGGUGUUGUUGGUUAUGUAUUGCUACAUUCAGCCCAGUGACAGUUGGAGAUUAAUAAAGCUUAAUGAUUUGAAUUGAAAUGGAUGUGUUCCUUCAUUUCACGCUCUCUUAAGUUUCCUAACACAGACCAGCUCAUACCAACUGGAUAUGAGAGGAAACAAGUCAUUGAUUAACCCAAAAAUACUCUGUGCUCGUCUCUUGCUCUUUAGCGCCCCUUGGCCCUCGGAGCAGACAUCUGCAUGUAUUCAGCUACUAAGUACAUGAAUGGUAGGUACACACUGUUUGUACAUUGAUGUUGACUGAGGAGAAUUCCCAUUGGGUUUGAUAACAUCGGAGUUUAAAUGGGAGUUUUGUUUUAUUUGAUUGGCAGGUCACAGUGACAUUGUAAUGGGCCUGGUGUCUGUGAACGAUGAGGACCUGUAUGAAAGACUGAGGUUUCUACAGAAUGGUGAGAGAUUCAUGAAUAGCAACUGGCAAAAAGCCAUGUAUGUUUAGGUGAUACACCUGCCACAUUUUUACCCUACUAUGACUGAAGCAGUUGAACUUCUCAGUGAAGAAGUUGCUCAACUCUUGUGACCUACUUUCGCUCAUCAAACAUUCACACAUGCUGGUGAUGCCAGGACUUUCCACCAAUUAUAAACCGCUGAUAAAGAAGGCUUUGUAUAGCACCCUUGUUGGUUGUUUGUCUGAGGGGCUGAUUGGUGUAUUUUGUAAUUGUUCUUCCUUAUUGUGCCCUAAUCCUGACCCUAAAGCCCUCGGAGCCGUACCGUCCCCCUUUGACUGCUACCUGUGUAACCGCGGCCUGAAAACCCUGCACCUGCGCAUGAGGCAGCACUUCAAGAACGCCCUGGCAGUGGCCCAGUUCCUGGAGGCCGACCCCAGGGUGGACCGAGUCAUCUUCCCAGGUGACAGCGGGGGGGAUCUCUGUGGAUAUCAACAUUUCAAAAUAGUAUUUCUGUAUGUUGCAUAAAACACAUGUAACUUAUUUUGACAUGACCUGCUUUCUGGGCAUAUGGAUAAUAAUACAUUUUUCAAUGUAGUCUCUGGUAAUUCCCUGGGCCAGUAGAAACACAUACAGUUCAGUCACAGCACAUGCAUCUCCAGUUACCCUCAUAUUCUCUGUGAUUGAGUGGACCGCACCCUGUGGUUAACGAAUUUAACAGUUGACUGACCGAUUUGACUCUUAUUACCUCUCCACUCUGCAGGCUUGCCCUCCCACCCCCAGCAUGAGCUGAUGAAGAGACAGUGCACUGGCUGCCCAGGGAUGAUCACCUUCUACAUAAAGGGAAAACUGGAGAACGCCACCAUGUUCCUCAGCAACCUAAAGGUAAUUACAGAAUUGAGACGCUCAUGUCUGAUUCACAAGACAAUACCAAGACGAGCUGUACUGGGCUUAUCUGGUUAUGCAUACAACAUACAGUGAGGGAAAAAAGUAUUUGAUCCCCUGCUGAUUUUGUACAUUUGCCCACUGACAAAGAAAUUAUCAGUCUAUAAUUUUAAUGGUAGGUUUAUUUGAACAGUGAGAGACAGAAUAACAACAAAUAAAUCCAGAAAAACGCAUGUCAAAAAUGUUAAAUGUAUUUGCAUUUUAAUUAGGGAAAUAAGUAUUUGACCCCCUCUCAAUCAGAAAGAUUUCUGGCUCCCAGGUGUCUUUUAUACAGGUAACGAGCUGAGAUUAGGAGCACACUCUUAAAGGGAGUGCUCCUAAUCUCAGUUUGUUACCUGUAUAAAAUACACCUGUCCACAGACACAAUCAAUCAAUCAGAUUCCAAACUCUCCACCAUGGCCAAGACCAAAGAGCUCUCCAAGGAUGUCAGGGACAAGAUUGUAGUCCUACACAAGGCUGGAAUGGGCUACAAGACCAUCGCCAAGCAGCUUGGUUAGAAGGUGACAACAGUUGGUGCGAUUAUUCGCAAAUGGAAGAAACACAAAAUAACUGUCAAUCUCCCUCGGCCUGGGGCUCCAUGCAAGAUCUCACCUCGUGGAGUUGCAAUGAUCAUGAGAAAGGUGAGGAAUCAGCCCAGAACUACACGGGAGGAUCUUGUCAAUGAUCUCAAGGCAGCUGGGACCAUAGUCACCAAGAAAACAAUUGGUAACACACUACGCCGUGAAGGACUGAAAUCCUGCAGCGCCCGCAAGGUCCCCCUGCUCAAGAAAGCACAUAUACAGGGCCGUCUGAAGUUUGCCAAUGAACAUCUGAAUGAUUCAGAGGAGAACUGGGUGAAAGUAUUGUGGUCAGAUGAGACCAAAAUUGAGCUCUUUGGCAUCAACUCAACUCGCCGUGUUUGGAGGAGGAGGAAUGCUGCCUAUGACCCCAAGAACACCAUCCCCACUGUCAAACAUGGAGGUGGAAACAUUAUGCUUUGGGGGUGUUUUUCUGCUAAGGGGACAGGACAACUUCACCGCAUCAAAGGGACGAUGGACAGGGCCAUGUACCGUCAAAUCUUGGGUGAGAACCUCCUUCCCUCAGCCAGGGCAUUGAAAAUGGGUCGUGGAUGGGUAUUCCAGCAUGACAAUGACCCAAAACACACGGCCAAGGCAACAAAGGAGUGGCUCAAGAAGAAGCACAUUAAGAUCCUGGAGUGGCUAGCCAGUCUCCAGACCUUAAUCCCAUAGAAAAUCUGUGGAGGGAGCUGAAGGUUCGAGUUGCCAAACGUCAGCCUCGAAACCUUAAUGACUUGGAGAAGAUCUGCAAAGAGGAGUGGGACAAAAUCCCUCCUGAGAUGUGUGCAAACCUGGUGGCCAACUACAAGAAACGUCUGACCUCUGUGAUUGCCAACAAGGGUUUUGCCACCAAGUACUAAAUCAUGUUUUGCAGAGGGGUCAAAUACUUAUUUCCCUCAUUAAAAUGCAAAUCAAUUUAUAACAUUUUUUACAUGUGUUUUUCUGGAUUUUGUUGUUGUUAUUCUGUCUCUCACUGUUCAAAUAAACCUACCAUUAAAAUUAUAGACUGAUCUUGUCUUUGUCAGUGGGCAAACGUACAAAAUCAGCAGGGGAUCAAAUACUUUUUUCCCUCACUGUAGUUGCUUGAACCAUGCUGGAAAGAACUGCAAGGAUCGGCUCUAUAGUAUGAAUCGGGCAUCAUUGUAUUUUACUACAGUAUGUGUUGAGGAUUCAGUCACGGAUGGACACUGCAAUAAUGUUUUGUGCUGUUUUUGAUUUCAAGUUGUUUGCACUUGCCGAGAGCCUUGGUGGUUAUGAAAGCUUGGCAGAGCAUCCGUAAGUAUACCCAAAUAUCAUCAAUAAACCUUAACAUUAAACUGCUACAAUAUUAAGAUUAAUUCACUAUUCCGCUAGUCUGGUUAAUCACAAUGUUUCAGCUGAACCAAUUAAUAUGCUGUGGUAUGAAAAUGGACAGUAUUUGGAUUGCUUCACUUUUUUAACAACAAUGCCACAAGGGGGAAGCAGUGGUUAAGAUAAUCGUAUUUAUUUAUAUUUAACCUGUUCAAUAGUGGAAGAGUUAGACCCGCACACUGUCGAAAAAAUAAAUAGAUCCAAAACUGAGGCUUGAAUGCAAAAUAAAGAUGUUUAUUGAAACAAAACAAACGUUUCAGCCUCAGGCCAUCAGUGUAAAUUCUGAUGAUGGCCUGAGGCCGAAACUUUUGUUUUGUUUACACCUUUUAUUUAUUCACUUUCUUGCACUGAUAUAUUCUUUGGGCACCAUGAUGUUAAAAUAAACCUCUUUAUAAACAUCCUCCUCUCCACCCUCUCAGGGCUGGCUGUCUCAGGCUCAGCACACUCUUGGAUUGUAUCCUACCUGGCAGGCCGCUCCUACCAGGUGACGUGGAGAGGAUCUGUGUCUGCACCACUUACUCUCACUACUGGUGUCCCCCAGGGCUCGGUUCUAGGCCCUCUCCUCUCUAUACACCAGUCACUCGGCUCCGUCAUAUCCUCACAUGGUCUCUCCGAUCAAUGCUACGUGGAUGACACUCAACUACUUUUCUUCUUCUGCGUGCCUGGCAGAUAUCUCAACUUGGAUGUCGGCCCACCACCUCAAGCUCAACCAGACGGAACUGCUCUUCCUCCCGGGGAAGGCCUGCCCGGUGAAAGACCUCUCCAUCACGGUUGACAACUCCACAGUGUCCCCCUCCCAGAGUGCAAAGAACCUUGGCGUGACCCGGACAACACCCUGUCGUUCUCUGCAAACAUCAAAGCAGUGACUCGCUCCUGCAGGUUCAUGCUCUACUACAUCCGUAGAGUACGAUCCUACCUCACACAUGAAGCGACGUAGGUCCUAAUCCAGGCACUUGUCCUCUCCUGUCUGGACUACUGCAACUCUCUGUUGGUUGGGCUCCACACUUGUGCCAUCGAACCCCUGCACCUUAUCUAGAACACUGUAGCCCGCCUGGUGUUCAACCUUCCCAAGUUCUCUCAUGUCACCCUGCUCCUCCGCACACUCCACUGGCUUCUAGUCGAAACCUCUCCACUACAAGACCAUGGUGCUUACCUACGGAUCAACAAGAGGAACUGCACCUCCCUACCUUCAGGUUGUGCUCAAACCCUACACCCCAAACCCGAGCACUCUGUUCUGCCACCUCAGGUCUCUUGGCCCUCCCACUCAGCCCAGUCCAAGCUCUUCUCUGUCCUGGCACCACAAUGGUGGAACCAGCUUCCCCCUGAAGCUAGGACAGCAGAGUCCCUGCCCAUCUUCCGAAAACAUCUGAAACCCUACCUCUUCAAAAAGUAUCUUAAAUAAUCCCCCCCCAAAUAAAACAACCUUAACCAGCCCUUGCACUUGAACCCCCCCUUCCCCUUCUAGCUCUGACUCUACUGAUAGCUACGAUAUUGAGGGAAAAUGUACUUUCUGUGCCUGUGAUAUGUGGUUGUCCCACCUGGCUAGCUUAAGAUGAAUGCACUAACUAAGUCGCUCUGGAUAAGAGAGUCUGCUAAAUUACUAAAAUGUAAAUGUAUUUUGCAUUCAAGCCUCAGUUUUGGAUCUAUUCCUUUUUUCGACAGUGUGCGGGUCUCUUUCUUCCAGUAUUCUUAUUUUGACUCCUAUGCACCUGGAACAGACCAUUUUCAGUAGUAAGGACCUUUAAAAGAGCGCAGACGGCCUCUGAUCAUACCUGUUCAAUAGUGUCAUGAUAAAAUGUAGAUGUUUUCAAGAUACUCUGCUAAUUGAGGCACAAAGUUAUACACACCCCUGCAUAACUUGUCCUUUAUCAGAAAUAAGCAACAACAACAAAAAGUACUUUAAGACAUGGGUUCUCUUUGAAUAUUGAGCUAUUACCUGUUCCCUCUCUCUCAGGGCGAUAAUGACCCAUGCGUCUGUUCCGGAGAGUGAUAGGGCCGCCCUGGGGAUCAGUGACACACUGGUCCGUCUGUCCGUGGGGCUGGAGGACGAGCAGGAUAUCAUCGAGGACCUGAAACAAGCCCUGAACGCUGCUGUAAGUACACUACUAAACACUACACUCUCAGGCUGCUCAUAGCACACAUCCUAAAAACAGGUGUCUAAAUUCAGUUAGCCUAACACCAAGAACCACAGAUUUCUGGCCAGCAUGAAGUAAGGUACAGUAUUUCUGCCAAAUCCAGACAAAUGGGUCCUGGUCAAGAAGUGAUAAUUAUCCCAGGAAUAUUUUGCCCCACACAUCUGUAGCAGAUCUGCUGAAUAUCCCAUUGCUCUUGAAUAUCCUGACCACACAAACAGUUGCUUCCAUCUGUUGAUUUAUUCCCUUUUCUUUUUCAGCAUCCAAAGCAGUAGUAGUGUCUUCAGGACGUCCCAUGACCAGCGGUGGUCUGUCGUCAGCGGGACGGAGUGGAGGCGGGAGUACCCGGUGUUUAUAGCCAUGUACAAGAGCGGCGAGAGGGUGCUUUAACAACACACACAAACAAUGAUGCACUCAUCAUCAGGGAACAACCUGCUCUUUAAACAUUACGCCUUCAUUAAUUAUUACCAACCUUUGGAUGCUGAUUUUAUCGGGAGCACUUCCAAGGACUUAUUUAUACAUUUGGCUGCUUUUGCUUUGUCUGUUUUUUGUUUGUUUGGAGGGUGUUGAUGGGGCAUUGUGACAGAGGUUCUUAUUCAAUCAAAACUGGUAUCCGGGACACCCUGGAGUAAGGCAAACAUCAGUUGAGUUUCUUUCGGCUUCAUUUAGUUAUAACAUGAACAAUUAUAAUAAGGUCUUGCUCUGGAAACGUCUGGAUAGCAGUUUUGAUUAAAUAUAACUUUGUCUGGCUCUAUCAAAUGUAUGCCUAGUUAAGGGAGAGUGGGGAAGCUUUGUCCCCAGAGUUUGUCUUAAAGGAAGUUGGCCAGUGAGGGAGUGCCAAGUGCAUGCUUGUCCUUGCCUUGUGUCAAGCAGUUAUAUAUUUAAUGAAUUUAAUAUAUUUUUGAUCGAAUUACUCAAACUAGUGCCCGUGGUAGGAUUCUUUGAGCUAUGU